UUUACGGAAGAUCAGUUACAAACACUAGAUCGUCUAGAGAACAUCUGAGGUAGCAGUAAACGGAUAUAUCUUUAAAUAAAUUUGUCAGAAUUAAAAGAAAUAAAAAUGAAGUGUUCAAUUACAUCUUUGUGCUUAAGUUUAGUAAUUAUUUUAUCAAUUACUUUAAAGUUUGUUGAAUGUGCCAAAAUUUUAGCUCUUUUUCCAUUUCCUGGACCUUCGCAGUAUAUUCUAGUGCAACCGUAUUUAAAAGCUUUAGCUGCUAAAGGUCAUGAGCUGACAGUAAUCAAUGCUUUUCCACAAAAGCAACCAAUCGUAAACUUUCGAGAUGUGCUCGUAAUGGAAGUGCAUGCUAACUACGCGGAAUUUGUUGAAUCAGCCAAAACCAAACGUAACAAAUGGGAAGAAAUGACAUUUUUGGCUGGAUUUUUUCUUAAUCUUACUGAAACCGUUAUGAAAAAUCCUGGUGUACAAAAAUUACUCAAUAAUGAAAAAUUCGAUCUUGUUAUAGUAGAAGCCCUUCAUACUGAUGGCUGGUAUGCCUUUGGCAGACAUUUUAAUGCACCUUUGGUUGGUCUUUCCUCCUUCGGUACAGAUCCCAUUAUUGAUGAGCUAAUGGGUAAUAUGUCACCACUGUCCUAUUCGCCCCUAAUAACUGCUGGAUUAACAGAACGCAUGACUUAUGGAGAACGCUUAAAAAAUGUUAUUCUAUCAUUUUUGGAAGUAUUACAUGCACGAGUUCAUACCAUACCGCGGCAAAGAAAACUGGUACAAACUUAUUUGCCUCAUAUUAAGGAAGAUAUAUGGGAUUUGAGAACAAAUUUUUCUCUCAUGUUGCUGAACAAUCAUUUUAGUUUAAGUUUUCCACGGCCUUAUGUACCCAAUAUGGUGGAAGUGGGUGGUUUUCAAAUAUCCUAUAAAUCAAAGCCUUUGCCUCAAGAUAUUAUGAAUUUUAUAAAUUCCUCUACACAAGAUGUGAUCUAUUUUUCCAUGGGCUCUAAUGUUAAAUCAAAAGAUUUUCCUCCUGAAAAAUUGCAAAUGUUAAAUGAAGUCUUCAGUUCAUUGCCCUAUAAAAUAUUAUGGAAAUUUGAAAAUCCCACUUUACCGGGCAAACCUAAUAAUGUGUUCAUUAAAUCCUGGUUUCCUCAACCCGAUGUUUUGGCUCAUCCCCGUGUUAAGCUGUUUAUAUCCCAUGGUGGUUUACUAAGUACCGCAGAGGCUGUCUAUCAUGGCAAACCUAUGUUGGGUUUGCCAGUUUUCUACGAUCAACAAAUGAAUAUUAGAAAAUCCGUACAAUCUGGUUUUGCUUUGGACAUCGAUUUUCAUACUCUACCACGAGAGCAGUUUAAAUCGAACAUUUUGGAAAUGAUGAAUAAUCCCAAAUAUUUGAAUAAUGCUAAAACUAUAUCGAACAUUUUUCAUGAUCAACCCGUUAAACCUUUGGAUUUGGCUGUAUAUUGGACGGAGUAUAUUUUAAGGCAUAACGGGGCUGUACAUUUGAAGAAUCCUGCUCAAACUAUGAAUUUUAUUCAAAAAUAUAGUAUUGAUACGGUGGGUGUUUUAGUGGGCGCAGCAGUGUUGUGUGUUAUUUUAGUGAUUGUCGCGGUUUGGAAAUUUGUUAAAUUGAUUUUAGAGAAAAAAUCGAUAAAGAAGGAGAAAGUUAAUUAAAUAUAUAUUUACAGAUGUUUUAUAUAUUUUGUGUUUGAUUUAAAUAAAUUCUUGCUAAAAUUCA